AUGACUAAGUCAUUAACUUAAGCUUGGCUUAUGCUAAACAUCUGUCCAAAAGUUUUUUGUAAACAAACAAUUGUUUCGACCUUGAUCUCCAGCUGGUGCUCAAUCCGGUUCUGAAGAUCUAUACAAGUCUGGCUAGCAGGUCACAUUGCUGUGAAUCAGAAAUUCAUAAUAUAGACUUAAAUAGACAGCAUAAAAAAGACGAAAAGUUAUUCAAAAUUUCCGUUGUGAUAGAACCGCGAGCAAUGCAGGUAAUCAGUGAAUUUCAAACGCUUUGCAAGGAUUUUUUCUCGGACUCGAUGACCCACGUCUGCUCGGACGUCGUGCCCGAGUCUCUGACCAAGAAGUAUCGCAAUCGCCUGAUCAGUCCCAAGGAUCCCUACAGCAUUUACCAGCUCAAUAGCCAAAACUCCAGCUAUCUGCUCUUCUUUCGCUUCGCGGACAUGCCCAAUUGCCGUACCCUUCGAAUGACCGAUGUGCACAAUCUCAAUUGCCAGACUGACGAUGGCGAAUCGAAGAACUUAUUCUUCGGCUAUAGCCACCGCAAGUGCUACAACUUUGCCAUGAGUCUGACCUCGGAGCUCAAGCAGCACUGUGGCGCCAGGAACUACGAGGAGAAUAUGCAAUCGGGCUACUACUACACCAACCUGGAAGUGAACUCCGUCAUUACCACCAACGCCACUGCUGGUGUUCUACUAGAAACUUCAGUUCUCAUACUGUGCCUGAUCAUAUCACUCUUAAUGUUCACAAUUCUGCAGUGGAAGGCAUCUCGGUUGUAAGUCAAUCCUACUCGAUUCCGUUUGAAAUCCGUUUCUUCUGACAUGAGGAGCCAGUAUUCCUGGGAUAAGGCAAUCCUCUGCAGGAGAUUCACCGUCGACAUCAAGGUAGUGAAGGUAUCGGUGAAUGGAGCUGUUCCAAUCAGUUCCAUUAAUCUCGAACUUAACAUUUUGAAAAAGGCAUUGUUCUCCAAAUUGAAGAGAUCGUUCUGAUCGGUUUCGCUUGAGUUGUAAUUUGAAAUUUUGCGAGAUCUAAAAACAAUUUCUAUAGCAUCUAGAGAAAUCGUUUCUAAAUCAUCGGAAAAUUUCCAGUGAC